AUGCAAAAGUCCAUGGACAAGAUGGUGAGCAAGAUCAAAAGUUUGGAGAAGAAGGUUUCUGGUUCUUCAAGCAAGAAAAGAAGUCCAAGGCCCCCACAAUUCCUUAGGAGUAGAUCUCUUCUCACCACUCCAAGGAGGCUCCCUGCCCAAGAGCCUCACAGAGCCUCUUCUUUCGAGCCAAGGGAAGGAGAAGACAACACGCUCAUUCAUAUCAUAUCACAUCCACCUAAAAUCAUAUCAUCAAUUUGUGUAUGCGAACUCGAUCGAGUCGGUCUAACUGAGGACUUGGUCGAGCUAGACUUACAACGGGUAGAAAGAGGUUCAGAGGUCACAGAGGGUACAAGAGGAACCUGA